AUGUCAAACAAACCCUGUCUUCGUUCCUUCCACUCCCGGGGGAGAUCUGGGUCUGAUGCUGGGUCUGAUGCUGUUGCCGCCGACGUCCCCGACCCUAGCGGUGAAAAGCCGCGAAAGAGGUGGCGCUUUGCCUAUUCCGUCAUCUCUUCCAUCCACGCCAUGCGUUGUCUUGCUAAAGAAGCUAAAAUUGUUGUUAAAGGAGGACACAGCGCCCUCGACAUCGACCCGGAGCCUGGCUACCAAAGUCUAGUUAAUCAGCACCAUCAACUUAUCGACGAGGACAAAGAAAUCCUCAAAGUGUUGGUGAAGGAGAAAAAUCUCGGUCUUCUUAGUCGGCUUGGCGGAGUGGAAGGCAUAGUUGACAAACUACAAAGCAAUGCUGACAGAGGAAUCAGAGCGGAGAACCAAGAAGUGAGCGCGCGGAAAGAACUGUAUGGUUCUAACACUUACAACAAGCCACCCGCUAAGGGCUUCGUGCAUUUCUUGUGGACAGCUUUAAAAGAUGCUACUAUUAUAGUUCUGAUCGUCUGUGCUGUUCUUUCUCUUGGUUUUGGCAUUAAAGAAGACGGCAUCAAGGAGGGCUGGUACAACGGUGCGAGUAUUUUGGUUGCGGUCUUUUUGGUCGUGGUGAUAUCUGCGGUGACCAACUUCAGGCAAUCCAAACAAUUCGAGGAGUUGUCCAAAAUCAGCAGCAACAUCCAAGUUGAAGUCGUGAGAGAUGGUAGGCCGCAUAAUAUCUCUAUAUUCGACAUCGUAGUCGGAGAUGUUGUGAUCUUGAAGAUAGGAGGCCAGAUUCCGGCGGAUGGCUUGUUCUUGAAAGGCUAUUCCUUACAAGUUGAUGAGUCUAGCAUGACAGGGGAGAGCGAAUAUGUUGACGUGGAUAAGACCACCAAUCCAUUCUUACUUUCCGGCGCCAAGGUGGCCAACGGGUACGCGAGAAUGGUUGUCACGGCCGUGGGGAUGGACACCGCGUGGGGUGAGAUGAUGAGCGCCAUAAACCUGGACUUGAAGGAGGAAACUCCUUUGCAAACUCGGCUAAACCAUUUAACUUCUUCCAUAGGAAAGAUUGGCUUGGCAGUUGCUUUCUUUGUUCUUGUGGCCAUGCUGACGCGCUACUUCACUGGUAGCACAAAAGAUGAGAAUGGGCGUCGCGAGUUCGUUGCUGGGCAGACAAAGUUGGGUGAUGUCAUGAAUUCCAUGGUACAUAUUGUUGCUGCUGCAGUCACAAUUAUUGUUGUGGCAAUUCCAGAAGGUUUGCCGCUGGCCGUCACCCUCACUUUGGCUUACUCUAUGAAAAGAAUGAUGAGAGAUCAAGCUCUGGUUCGAAAACUUUCAGCUUGCGAAACGAUGGGCUCUGCUACUGUCAUCUGUACGGACAAAACAGGUACACUUACUCUCAACCUAAUGACAGUGACAACAUUCUGGCUUGGCAAAGAUAGAAUUCAGAGUAAGGCUUCUGAAGUAAUUGCUCCCAAUAUUCUUGAAUUACUUUAUCAAGGAGUGGCUAAGAACACCGCCGGUAGUGUUUACAAAGACACUCCCGCAUCCGAGACCAAGUUUACAGGAAGUCCAACUGAGAAAGCAAUUCUCUUGUGGGCUGUUCAAGAACUAGGUAUGGAAAUAGAAAAAAUGGAGCAGGAAUAUGAAAUUCUCCAUGUUGAGACCUUCAAUUCAGUGAAAAAACGCAGUGGAGUUUUGAUAAAAGAUGUGAAGGACGACACAUUGCAUGUCCACUGGAAAGGAGCUGCUGAGAUUAUUCUAGCGAUGUGUACGAGUUACUAUGACAAGUCUGGAAUGAUCAAAGUAAUAGAUGAUGGUACCCGAGAGGAAAUCAAGAAAAUAAUAGAAGGGAUGGCCGCAAAAGCCCUCAGGUGUAUCGCAUUUACUCAUAAGCAAAUAACAAAGCCAGCAGGGUCUGAACAAAUCAACGUAACAUUAGAUGAAGAUGACUUGACCUUUUUAGGCAUAGUGGGUCUAAAGGACCCUUGUCGUCCAGAGGUGAAACAAGCGGUAGCUCUUUGCAAAAAGGCUGGAGUACAUGUCAAAAUGAUUACUGGAGAUAAUAUUUUCACUGCAAAAGCUAUAGCUGCGGAGUGUGGGAUACUAGAAGCAAAUCAUAGUAAUGCAAACAGGCGUGAGGCCAUAGAAGGUGUGGAAUUUCGAAAUUAUAGCCAGGAGGAAAGGCUAAGGCGUGUGAAUGAAAUUCUGGUAAUGGCAAGAUCAUCCCCUAUUGACAAACUUGAAAUGGUGAAGUGCUUGAAACAAAAAGGCGACGUGGUUGCCGUCACUGGUGAUGGCACAAAUGAUGCACCGGCUCUGAAAGAAGCAGAUGUGGGACUUUCCAUGGGAAUUCAGGGCACAGAAGUGGCAAAAGAGAGCUCAGACAUUGUCAUCUUGGAUGAUAACUUCAACACAGUGGUGACUGUUUUGAAGUGGGGAAGGUGUGUGUACAACAGCAUCCAAAAAUUUGUACAGUUCCAGCUAACUGUCAAUGUGGCUGCCCUUGUUAUCAACUUGAUUGCAGCAUGCACUGCUGGCGAAGUCCCUUUAACAGCAAUUCAAUUGAUGUGGAUAAACCUAAUAAUGGAUUCUUUAGGAGCUCUAGCUCUGGCCACAGAGCGGCCAACAGAUGAACUGAUGGUUAAACCUCCCGUCGGUCGCAGCACAGAGCCAUUGAUAACCAAUGUUAUGUGGAGGAACCUCACUUUUCAAGCAUUUUUUCAAGUCAUUAUCCUUUUGAUACUUAACUUCAAGGGAAAAUCUCUCUUCCAUGUGAAUACAGGGGUUAAGAACACCCUCAUAUUUAACACUUUCGUCUUGUGCCAAAUUUUUAAUGAAUUCAACGCAAGGAGAUUGGAAGAUAAGAAUGUGUUUAAAGGGAUACUGGGCAAUCGAAUGUUCCUAUGGAUCGUGGUGACAACUUUGAUUCUUCAAGUGGCCAUGGUUGAGUUCUUGAGCAAGUUUGCAAACACAGAGAGGUUGAAUUUGUGGCAGUGGGGUGUAAGCAUAAUAAUAGCAGCCGUAUCUUGGCCACUGGCUUGGAUAGUCAAGAGCAUACCAGUUCCCGAACAACCAUACAAGACCUAUCUCUAUCGCAGGUGCAAAUGGUUCAAAACCCCUUCCUAG